AAAAAGAUUCGAUUUUAUCAAGUUAUGAUUCCAAGUAUAUCUACACUAGUCCUGCUAUCAUGGUACAAAGGGGAAGGGGGCUGGGAAGGAACAGGGGAUGAUAUGAAGUCUCGACAUCACCAUGGCUUAGAAAAAACCGCCUCUGGAUAGCACAUCCGCUCAUGCCGGUGUUUUAUGCCGCGUUAUAGUGACAGAUCCUUCCCGCUGACGCCUGUGAUGGUUGCAUGCCGCAGAAUCAGGUCCACAGCCGCUGCCAAGCUCUGCAGCUGCUUGUGUCGGCUUGGACAUCCAUACUUACUGGAGCGCCGUGAUUGGUCCUCAAUACAAGGCUCUCCUUGGACGGGGCGCUUAGGGGAAGCAGAGGCUGGCUCACAAUGGGUCUUGCUUUCUACCAUUGUAGGACUUGGACAGAAAUUCGGGCCAGAGAAGAGGAUGGAGGACAGAGAGCAGGAGAAGGACAGGGAGCAGCACAAUAUGACACGAAGCUCGACUGUAUAUGACACGAAGCUCGACUGUAUAUGACGCGAAGCUCAACUGUAUCAGUGGGAGGCAGAGAGGAGAGCUGGGGGAUGCGAGGACUGAUGUGGACUGAGCAGCGAAG